UCAGAUUUUAGAUUGGUGACGUAUAUCAGUUUAUAAACUUCAACCAACAAAAUAAUUCAACAUUCAAAUUUCAAACGCUUAAGUUGUUACGUUUUUUAGUUUCCUUCCACAUUUUUGCUAUAACAAAAUGGUUCAAAAAAGGAUUAAUGUUAAAGACAAACUCAACAGCGAUGGGGAAGUUGAUCUGAGUAUGCUGGAUAUCACGGAUGUUCCAGUAAAAGAAAUUUCAACAUUGAAAAAAGCCACUACACUCAACUUAUAUAAUAAUAGUAUAUCGAAGUUACCUGCAAACUUUCCCAUUUUGACCAAUUUAAUAAAGCUUGACUUGAGUAAGAAUUGCCUCACAGAAUUACCAGAGAAUUUUGGAGAUUUGGCAAAACUCAAACAUUUAGAUUUAUAUCAGAAUCAGCUGAAGCAAUUACCAUUAAGUUUUUCAAAACUUAAAGCUUUGAAGUGGUUAGAUUUGAAAGAAAACCCUCUGGAACCUACUUUAUUGAAAGUUGCUGGACCUUGUGAGAACACUAAACAGUGUCAGACUUGUGCUCGAAAUAUAAUCAACUAUUUGACUCGGCAACAAAAUAAGGCUGAUGCUGAAAAAGAAGAGAAGGAAAAACUAAGGAAGAAACAACUUGAAAUGAAUGAAAUUAAGAAGAAAGAAGAGAAGAAAUCUAAAAAGAAGGAAACUCAGGAAAUCCAGAAAAAUGGCGAAGUAAAGGUGCUAACGAAAACUGAGAAGAAAAAAUUGAAGAAAAUGAAGAAACAAAGUGAAACAAAAACUUCAAGCAAUUUUUCUCCUUUGACACUAGCCUUAUUAUUAUUGAUAUCACUCUUCAUUUUAACAGCAAUGAAAUUGAAAUAUCUUGAAAAUUUUGAAAAGUUAAUUGAAGACUCUUAUUUCAAACUAGUAGCAUUAUUGCCUGCUGAUUACCAAAAGUAUGGCGAAAUUUUUGCUGCUAGUUUCAAACAAGUGCAUCUUAAAACUGGAGUGUAUUGUUCAAAUAUCAUUCACUACAUUCAAAAUAAUGAGUACUGUAUAUUGGUGUACAAUACUUGUAGAGAACAUUCAAUUAAUCUUUUUUCAAGAAUACAAUCUUUGUACAGAAAUAUUGUGUCAUAGUGCCUUCUAAUAAUUUAUAAUAAAACACAUUUUUAAAA